UACGCAGCCGCCCGCCCGCUGGGAGCUGUCCAGUGCUGAAGCCUGCGCCGACAGCCAAUCGCGCCGGCCGGCAGCCUCCCCCACCAGGCCGUCCGUGCCCGGCGAGCCCCCCGCCCCGCGGAACCAUGCCGCGUUCCUUCCUUGUGAAGAAGAUCAAAGCGGAUGGCUUCCAGUGCAGCGGGGUGCCGGCCCCCACCUACCACCCCCUGGAGACUGCCUACGUGCUGCCCGGCGCCCGCGGGCCUCCGGGGGACAACGGUUAUGUGGCGCACUGCCUGCCCCCCAGCGGCUACGAUGGCGAGCAGAAGCCCGGGCUGGAACUGGCGCCCACCGAGCCCGCAUACCCGGCCGCGGCGUCCGAGGAGUACAGCGACCCCGAGAGCCCACAGUCCAGCCUGUCGGCGCGCUACUUCCGCGGGGAGGCGGCCGUUACCGACAGCUACUCCAUGGACGCCUUCUUCAUCUCCGACGGGCGCUCGCGGCGGCGCCGGGCCGGGGCCGGUGGCGGGGACGCGGCGGGCACUGGGGACGCGGGCGGCGGCGGCGGCGGGGAGCGCGCGGGGCGCUCGGGGGCGACGGCGGGAGGCGGGCACCGUCACGCAUGCGCGGAGUGCGGCAAGACGUACGCCACGUCGUCGAACCUGAGCCGCCACAAGCAGACGCACCGCAGCCUGGACAGCCAGCUGGCGCGCAAGUGCCCGACGUGCGGCAAGGCCUACGUGUCCAUGCCCGCGCUCGCCAUGCACGUGCUCACGCACAACCUGCGCCACAAGUGCGGCGUGUGCGGCAAGGCCUUCUCCCGGCCCUGGCUGCUCCAGGGCCACAUGCGCUCGCACACAGGGGAAAAGCCCUUCGGUUGCGCGCACUGCGGCAAGGCCUUCGCCGACCGCUCCAACCUGCGCGCGCACAUGCAGACGCACUCGGCCUUCAAGCACUACCGCUGCCGCCAGUGCGACAAGAGCUUCGCACUCAAGUCCUACCUCCACAAGCACUGCGAGGCCGCGUGCGUGAAGGCCGCUGAGCCGCCGCCGCCCCCGGCCGGCCCCGCCAGCUGAGCCUCUGCCAUGCCGGAUGCCCCGCAGAGGCUCACUCCUAUCCCCUCAGUCUGCAUCUCCCCUGCCUGCGCCCUCUGCUGGGUGGGGGUGAACCCCAUC